AUGGCGAACGCUGGCGUCCGCUUACGUUCUAAGGAACAACAAAAUCGAUCAUCUAAAUCUGAUCGUCCAAUCGAUGAAGAUGAUAAGAAAAGCCAAUUGGAAAGGAGACAACCAGGUGCUUUGGGUUUAGGCCAUCUUAUUUCUAUAGCAGCAUUGGUUUAUUUAAUCCUGGCCUUUGUAAGUUAUAAUUAUUAUUACAUACCUCGAGCUAAGCGUGCUAAUGAGGACGAUGUUGGAACAUAUUCAGAAGGAAGAGCUCGUAAACAUCUUGAAAAAUUAGUUGCUAUUGGCCCACGUUUAGCUGGAACAUAUAAUAAUGAAGUUGUUGCAUUUAAUUAUAUCAUGAAUGAGCUAAAAAUGAUACAAAUGUCUGCUAAACCUCAUUCCGAAAUUGAAAUUGAUGUCCAACGACCCAGUGGGUCUUUCUUUUUGCAAUUCUUAGGUGGUUUUACUCAUAGCUAUGCUAAUAUUACCAAUAUUGUUGCACGUAUAAGUCCAAGGCGAUCUCACAGUAAAGACAACGCUUUAUUAGUCAACUGCCAUUUUGAUACCGUCGUGGACAGCCCUGGUGCAAGUGAUGAUGCAGUUAGUUGUGCUACAAUGUUGGAAUUACUUCGAGCCUUAGCACAUGCUGAUGAAUCACGUUGGCCGAUGCUUCAACACAGUGUCGUCUUUCUUUUCAAUGGGGCUGAAGAAAGUGUUCUACCUGCUAGCCAUGGUUUUAUUACACAACAUAAAUGGAAGGAUACACUUCGAGCUUUUAUUAACUUAGAUGCUGCUGGGGCUGGCGGUAGAGAACUAGUAUUCCAAACCGGUCCUGAAAAUCCUUGGUUAAUCCGAAAUUAUAUGAAGCAUGCUCCGCACCCGUUUGCUUCAGUGGUUGGUCAAGAAAUCUUUGAAACUGCUAUUGUACCUGCUGAUACGGACUUUCGCAUUUUUCGUGAUUACGGCAAAAUUCCAGGAUUGGAUUUGGCAUAUGUAACCAAUGGUUACGUUUAUCAUACACGAUACGAUGACACUAAAGCAAUCCCGCCUGGUUGUAUGCAGAGAACUGGCGAGAAUGUAUUAGGAGCUAUGAGAGGCCUAGUUUGUACUGAUGAACUAGUUAACCCUGGAUAUAGUCGUCAUGGCAAGAUUGUUUUUACCGACGUUCUUGGGAUUUUUACCCUGCUCUACCCAGAACGCUUAGGAUAUAUUCUCAACUAUUCAAUAUCGGUCAUUGCUGUAGCGAUAAUUAUUGCAAGAUAUUUACCUCGAUUGGGAGGGAUUGAUGAAUUGAACUUGUACCAUUUAAUAUUCGGCAUGGGUGCCUACCUAUUGUCUUGGCUUGUUGGCUUCAUAACCGCCCCUGCUAUAGCUUACAUUAUUAUGUCAAAUGGUCGCCCAUUAUCUUGGUACACCCAUAGCGUUGUUAUAUUCCCAUUGUAUGCUAUACCAACUAUCUUUACUACAGCAGCAGUGCACUACUAUGCCAAAAUGAAAUUCUGCCAACCGAUUAUAUCUUGGCAACUUCAGCAAGCCGUAGCUGAUGCAAAUGUAAUAAUUUGGAGCUUCGUCACUAUAUUUCUAUCAAAUAGUGGGAUAGCUUCUGCAUUUUUAUCCUUAACUUGGCCAGCAUCCUUUCUUCUUAUAGAUAAAUUUAUUUGGAAUGGUAUCUUUAAACGAAAUUACUAUCACAGCCAGACAGCUUACCUUAUAGUACUGUUAGUGUCUGUAUUAAUACCGAUGACAUUAAAUACCUAUUUGAUAUGGGCUGUAUUCGAUUUCUUCAUGCCUAUCCUCGGUCGUUGUGGAUCAGUUGUUCCAUCUGAAAUAGUAAUAGCUGUUAUUACUGGAAGUUUCACGCUUCUACUAGUAACAUCUGUGGUAAAUGUUGUCUACGUAGCAAAAAGUCUGAAAUGGCCAGCCAUUAUUUUUGGUAUAUCCUUCCUAACCUGCUUUUUUCUAGUCAUUACUGGUGCCAUAUUUCCAUAUUCUGGACCUCCAAAUCCACAUGCUCAAAGACUUCUUUAUCAGCAUAUCCAUCGCAAGUUUCAUGAUAGAAGCGGCGUCGUUACGGACAGUGACUCAGGCAUUAUACUUGUUCCUAUGGAUGCAAAUGGACUGAGAUAUUUAUCCGAACAUGAUAAUUACUUUAAAAAUGCGACUAUAACUACCUGUAAGGGCGCAAAUUGUGGUUAUCCUGCCUUUUACCCUGUUCGGAGUUUAACAGGGCACGUAUGGUAUAAGGAAGGUUCUCCUCCAACUUUUCCUAAAGAAAUCGAUCUGAAACUGGUUAAGAAAGAUGUGACAAGCAGUGGACGUAAACAAAAAUUUUAUUUCAGCAUCGUAGAUCCUCCUUCGCAACUUCGUCUGUAUAUCGAUCCUGCCAAUGGUACGGAAAUUGUAGCAUGGUCUUUUACAGAUGGAAAGCCUAAGCCAUUGUGGAAUGGAGACCACUACACAGCUUUUGUUUGGUACACACAAGGCCACCCUACACAGUCAUGGGACUUUUGGAUAGAACUGAAUGUAAAUAAGGGAUCUUUUCCUAAUGUACAAUGA